CUUCGGCUGAUUCCGGUACCCGACGAUCCAGUUUUGCAGAGAAGCCGGCAUGGCCUCAGAAACAGAAAAGGCACAAACUGCACAACCAGGAGGAGAUACAAUAUUUGGGAAAAUUAUUAGGGGUGAAAUACCAACUAAAUUUAUCUAUGAGGAUGAGCAGUGUGUAGCCUUCAAUGACAUCGGUGCUCAAGCUCCAACACAUUUCCUAGUUAUACCAAAGAAACCAAUUGUUAAGUUAUCUGAUGCUGAAGAUUCUGAUGAACAGCUACUUGGACAUUUAUUGAUAGUUGCUAGGAAGGUUGCUAAGGAUGUAGGAUUAGCUGAUGGAUUUAGAAUCACCAUUAACGAUGGUGUCAAGGGAGGUCAAUCUGUUUACCAUCUACAUGUCCAUGUGAUGGGUGGUCGUCAAAUGGGAUGGCCUCCAGGAUAGAUUCACUUUAUUUUUGUGUUUUUAUUAAGUGGACAAGACAGUAGAAGUAGUGUUUUUCAAACUGAAAUUCCACAUGUUUUUGAAAUUUUAGAAAUACUUUAGUGCUUUAUAUAAUAUAAUUUAUUGGUAAUGUCCUACAUGGUUUUUGAUGCAAUAUUUAUCUACAUGUAGAUUUACUCCAUAAAAAUCUAAAAAUACA